AGGAGAUGGGGGGUCUCCCGGCGGCGCCCAGGAGAUGGGGGUGUCCCGGCUCCACCCUAGGGUGGGCUUACCAGGCCCGGGCCGGUGCCACCCGAGAGGGACCAGCUACUGUGAGCCAUCCCCCAGCUGAAAGAUGCCUGAGGAGCCCGUCCCGGCUGCCCGGGAGCCAGAGCAGCUUGGAGCCGUCAAACUGGAAGAAGAGGACACCGCUGGGCAGGAGGACCUCCAGCACGCCCAGGCCAGGCCCCGGCCCGAGGUGGCUCACCAGCUCUUCAGAUGCUUCCAGUACCAGGAGGACAUGGGCCCGAGGGCGUCCCUGAGCCGGCUCCGCGAGCUGUGCCACCACUGGCUGCGGCCGGCCCUGCACACCAAGAAGCAGAUCUUGGAGCUGCUGGUGCUGGAGCAGUUCCUGAGCGUGCUGCCCCCGCACCUCCUGGCUCGGCUCCAGGGCCAGCAACUCCGGGACGGCGAGGAGGUGGUGCUGCUGCUGGAGGGCGUCCAGAGGGAGCCCGCCACCGUGGCGCCCCUGGAUUUUAGUUUUAAUACUGGCAAGAACUAUCCCCGUGCAGACAUUGCUCUGGAGGGACAGGGAGGCUCUUCCCAGGUCUCCAGUCACAGCCCCAAAAAGGAAGUGCCCUCCGAAGGAACUGCAGCCCUGGAGCCACCAAAGGAACCCCCGCCAUCCCAGCCACGGCCCUCCAAGCCUGCUGAGCUGGAGACCUGGAGACACCCCCCUAGUUCCAAGCAACCCCUGAGCCCAGGUCCCAAGAUGACAUUCCAAGUCCUGCAGGAGACUGUGCUAACAGUCCCCCAGGGCCCUGUCCUAUGGCUGGAAGAAAACUCUCGAGAUCAGGAGCUGGCAGCUGUGCUGGAGUCUCUGACCUUUGAAGAUGUCCCAGCAAAGAAGGUCUGGCCCACACACCCUCUGGGGUUUGAAAACAGAACCCCAGAUGAGGAGUUUAAAGAAGAGCCCAAAGGGGUUGCCUGGCCCAUUGGCAUCUCAACAGAGGCCGGGACAGAUGUUCCUGGGGCAGCAGAAGAGCCCCAUGGUCAGCUGCUGGGGCCGGCCCCUGAAGUGAGUGGCACCGGUGAAGGAGGGUCCCCUCCCGACAAGAGUGGCAUUCUGGAAGUCAAAGUGGUGGGGGGCACCUCCAGGUCGGAACCAGAGAUGAAAUUCAUCUGCACGGACUGCGGCGUGAGCUUCCGACAGCUGGCCCGCCUGGAGGCGCACCAGCUGCGGUCUCACCCCAGCGCUCGCUCCUUCCCGUGCCAGUGCUGUGGCAAGAGCUUCGGCCGCAGCUCCAUCCUCAAGCUGCACAUGCGCACGCACACGGACGAGCGGCCACACGCCUGCCACCUCUGCGGCCACCGCUUCCGCCAGAGCUCACACCUGAACAAACACCUGCAGACGCACACCUCGGAGCCCGCCUUCCUGUGUGCGGAGUGCGGGCAGGGCUUCCAGCGCCGCGCCCACCUCAUGCAGCACCUGCUGGCACACGCCCGGGACCGCGAGUCCCCGCGCGUCCCCGAGCCCAAGCCCGAAGCACGCGAGCCGGCCGUUGUCCUGUGCUCUCACUGUGGCCAAACCUUCCAGUGCCGCUCCAGCCUCAAGCGCCACCUGCGGAUCCACGCCAAGGACAAGGGCCACCAGUGCUCCGAGUGCUCGGGCAGCCUGCGCCCCUGCCCCGAGCGCAGGCCCUAUGUGUGCGGCGACUGCGGCAAGGCCUUCCGGCGCAGCGAGCACCUGGGGGCCCACCGGCGCGUGCACACGGGCGAGCGGCCCUUUGCCUGCCAGGUCUGCGGCCGCAGCUUCAGCCAGAGCUCGCAGCUGGUCUGCCACCAGCGAGUGCACACGGGCGAGAAGCCCUACAGCUGCCCCCACUGCGGGAAGCGCUUCGUGCGGCGGGCGGGUCUCGCACGCCACCUCCUGACCCACGGUGGCCCGAGGCCCCACCAUUGCACCCAGUGCGGCAAGACCUUCAGCCAGACGCAGGACCUCGCCCGCCACCGGCGCAGCCACACGGGUGAGAAGCCCUGCCGCUGCAGCGAGUGCGGCGAGGGUUUCAGCCAGAGCGCCCACCUGGCGCGCCACCAGCGCAUCCACACCGGGGAGAAGCCCCACGCCUGCGACACCUGCGGCUACCGCUUCCGAAACAGCUCCAACCUGGCCCGCCACCGCCGCAGCCACACGGGCGAGCGGCCCUACAGCUGCCCGACUUGCGGCCGCAGCUUCCGGCGCAAUGCGCACCUGCAGCGGCACCUGGCCACCCACGGGGGCGCCGGCGCCGAGGCGGCGUCCAGGCAGGCCGAGCCCCCCCAGGAGUGCCGGGAGUGCGGCAAGAGCUUCAGCCGCAGCUGUAAUCUGCUGCGCCACAUGCUGGUGCACACCGGCGCCAGGCCCUACUCGUGCGCGCAGUGUGGCCGCAGCUUCAGCCGCAACUCCCACCUGCUGCGCCACCUGAGAACCCACGCCCGUGAGACGCUGUACUAGCCUUGCCUGGGUUCCGCCAGGCCUGCCCUGCGCACCUCUCCCUGGUGUCCUGGGCCACCGCUCCGCCAACCCUGUAGGCUGGUUCUUCCCCGGAGGCAUGUCUCCCUGGCCCCGGGGGUGCAUCUCAAAGUGCCUAGAGUAACACAGCCUACUUGAAAAAUGACUCUUAUUUUUUCGAGAUCCAUCCAAACGCUGUUACCGUCACCGCUGUGACAGGGAUGCCUUUUCCCCUUCCCUACCCCUAGCACCUACCAUAGUAUUCAAGAUAGAAGUAGGCCCGGGGAUCCCUGGGUGGCGCAGCGGUUUGGCGCCUGCCUUUGGCCCAGGGCGGGAUCCUGGAGACCCGGGAUCGAGUCCCACGUCGGGCUCCCGGUGCAUGGGGCCUGCUUCUCCCUCUGCCUGUGUCUCUG